UGCUAAAGCGGAUUAUAGUAUCUUUUUUCAACGUGGAGUUUAUCCCGCUGAAGACUUUAAAUGGGUAAAGAAAUAUGGGCUAAACGUUUUAAUGACACUCGAUGAUAAUGUUAAAUUGUAUUUAAAGAGAUUGGCAAGUCAACUAGAAACUUGGUUGAUGGCAGGUAAAAUAGAUAAACUUGUCCUAGCAAUCGUCUCAUGUGAAACACGCGAGACACUUGAAAGAUGGCAGUUUGACAUUGAGGUUAUCGAAGAUAAGGCUCAAGAUAGUUCCACAAAAAAAGACAAAUCAUAUGAUGAAAUACAAAAAGAAAUUCAAGGAAUUAUUCGUCAAAUAACUGCCAGUGUUUCUUUUUUACCAGUUUUGGAAGAUAAAUGUACAUUUUCUAUAUUGGCAUACACCGAUAAAGAUGUCGAAGUGCCAGCUGAAUGGAGAGAUGGUGAUCCGCAUCUUAUACCAAAUGCCGAACAG